AUGUCCAAAAUCUACAGAGUCACCCUCUUCAAGCUUCCCAAAGAAGAAGACAUUAAUGGCGUCCUCCCCAAAUAUGCAGCCCUAAAAGACGAAGCUAAGAAGGACGGCAAACCCUACAUCCUCUCCGCCAGCGCCUCCCGCAUACACCAAGACCCACGCAACCAAGGCUUCACAGUCUGCGCGACCACAAGCUUUGCGUCACUCGAUGAUAUGCGGUAUUAUGACAACGAGGACGAGGCACAUGGCGCGAUCAAGACGUAUCUGAAGCAGAGGGUUGAGGGGCCGCCAUUGAUGGUUUAUAUGGACAAGGAGUAG